AUGAGUAUAGCAGAAAUGUCUAGUGAUGAUAAUUCUGAUAAAGAGUGCCCCUUGUGUAUGGAGGCCUUUGACCUUGAUGACUUUAACUUUUUUCCAUGCAAUUGUCAAUAUCAAAUUUGUAGAUUUUGUUGGCAUCGGAUCAGAACGAAUGAGAAUGGACUUUGCCCGGCCUGUAGACAAUCUUACCCAGAAGAUCCAGUCAACUUUCAGCCACUUUCUAGCGCAGAAGUUCACAAAAUUAAGACAGAGAAAAAGCAAAAAGUUUUACAACAGAAAAACAAAAUUAUUGAAGACAGAAAACAUUUGUCAGAAUAUAGAGUGCUUCAGAAAAAUUUGGUUUAUGCAGUUGGGAUAAGUCAGCGUAUGGCGAAUCCUGAACUUUUGAAAAAGCCAGAAUUUUUUGGAAAAUUUGGCAAGAUCCUCAAAGUUGCAGUUGGUACCGCUCAAGCAAUAAACAAUUCGACACCUCCGACACACACUGCCUAUGUGACAUUUGCUCGUUGUGAAGAUGCACUUAGAGCUAUUCAAGCAGUUAAUAAUAUGGUUGUUGAAGGCCGUCUGUUGAAAGCGUCGUUAGGCACAACUAAAUAUUGCUCAAGUUUUUUGAAGGGACAGACUUGUUAUAAACCGGAAUGUAUGUAUUUACAUGAGGUGGCAGAUGAAAAAAUUAGCUUUACAAAGGAGGACAUGCAUCAAGGAAAACACACAGAAUAUGAACGCCGAUUGCUCGAACAUAUGUUUGCCUUGUUUGGAAUUCAAGGUUCAACGGGUUUUAAUCAGCAACAACAACAGACUUCUACGUGCAGAGAAUUGGUGGUGGCAAGAAAUCGUGCGAGAGUGAUGACAUCGGGAGGAGAGCAAUUGGAAAAGAAGCGUCCUACAAGCGGUUCAGUUGAAAAUUUGCCAAAAAUGAUAUCACAACAAAUUAAGCAGAAAAAAGGAAAUGAUGAUACAGUUUUAACACAGAAGAUACAACAACAACAGCAAAAACCAUUAACAAUUAAUGGAGAUGUUUUAAAUAAUAAUAAUUUUGAAAAAUCAAAUAAUUCACAACAACAAAUGUUGCUGCAAAAUAAUAAUAACAAAAUGUCUUCUUCAUCAACAUCAACAACACCAUCUCCGCCAACAUUUGUUGCUGUUUCUCAAAAUGUUUUGAUUCAACAACAACAUCAACCACCAAAUUCUUCUACAAUUAAUUCGUUUGUUGAUGAUGAUGAUUUGGGAUUUGAUCCUUUUGAAGAAUCAGCAAAAGCCUUGAAAGAAAUUAUGCAAGAAGAAAAGAAGAAUUUUGUUAUUCCACAACCAUCACAACAGCAAAUUUAUAUGAAUGGCGGAGACAAAUAUACUAUUAAUGGUACUAGUAGUAGUAGUCAUACAACAGAGAAUUCAUUUUACAAUAAUAAUAGUAAUCCAAUAAUAACUUCAAAUAAUCAUCAUCAUCCUUCACUUUAUACAACAACAACAGCACAACAGCAACAACAUCGCCAUCAUCUUCAACAACAAUUACAACAUCAUUCCAGUGUACCAAUGAUGACUUCAAUGCCAGGAUUACACCAACAACAACAGACUCAGAACCACCAAAAUUAUCAUCAAAAUAAUGGUAAUUUUCAUCCAUCAAAUUUUCAUCCUCAGCAACAGCAACAAGGAGGUUAUCUUCAACAGCAACAUCAGAAUUUUAAUUUUCAACAAAAUAAUUUUCAAAAUCAUUCAAAUUUUGGUGGUGGUGGUGGAAGUUUUAAUUAUGGUUCUUCUUCAACAAUUUUAACAACAAAUGAUGGAAGUGGUGGAAGUGGACGACAGCAACAGCAAAAUCCAAACAAUCAUCCAAACAAUAAUCAUAAUACUUGGUUGCCUGUUCCACCAGGAUUUUCUCCGCGUUCAUCAACGGGUUCAUCAGGAUUUUGA